AUGAGCAAACACGUAAAAAGGAAACCAAGGAAACGAAAGGCACGAUAUAUUGAUCCCUUUCUAGAAGAAGAAAAAGCUAAGAGAAUUGCAGCGAUACAAGAGAAGAGACAAAAGAUAAUAGAUGAAGUUGACUUAUCACUCAAAAGAAGAAGAUUGGACAAAAUAGCCAUUCGAAAUGCACGUUUCGAGAAAGAAGAACGAACUCGACAAAAAGAAAUUAGGGAUUCAAGAAAAACGGGAAGUGACAAGACAAUGUUACAGAUUCGGGAAGAGUUAAGCAGAAUUAUCGAGACUGGUAUAAAGUGUGUAUACACAUCGGUGAUUAUUCCAGAAAAAAUUAAAUACGAUGGUCGAUCGAUCCUGUCAAUAAAAGGAGUAAAAUAUAGACUGAGAAAUAAUUUGCAUAUCGUGGGUUGGGGUAAAGAAGCAGUAACUAUGAGUUCAACGUUCGAACGAAUUGUUGGUAAACAAUUGAAAAAAGGUUGGAUGGUGGUGCCACGAAAUUCCAUUUUCAUGAUGUGGAGCUUCCCAGAAGCUUUUCCUGCACUAGAUAGUCGUAUUACCUACGUAGAAGCUGGAACUGAUGGACAGCCGGAUGAAAAGUCCGUGAAUGCCACUAGGGGAAUUCUACAUUAUUGCAAGAAGUUAAAGAAGAGAGAUCUACUGAUAGUAAUGAUUUCGCAUGAAAUCGAUGACCUUCUAUGUUGUCCGAGAGAAACUAUUACCCUGAGAGAUAAGUUGAGAGUGUUGAGCAGGUUGAAGGCUGCAAAUGCAACUCCUGAGGAAAUUAAUAUUGUGAGAAACAAGCUUUCAGCAAUCAGAGGAGGCGACUUAGCUCGGUUUGCUUAUCCAGCAAGAAUAGUAACCUUAAUCACCUCAGACGUCUCUACAGAGCCAAUGGCUCAACUAUCUGGUGGCCCAUGUGUCUAUGACCCAAAGGAUGAGAAAGCCUUAGCGAUAUUAGUAAAAUACAAAUUACUCGACAAAGUAUCAUUAAGUGUGAGAGAUCUAGUCGAAGAAACUAUACCAUGGACGAUGGCUGCUGACAAGCAAUUAGACGCGAACAAAAAUUACAAAUUUGUUUAUCAAUGCGUGAUAGCCUGCAAUGCAGAUGCCAUGGAAUGCAUGGCAGUCGAGACAUUCAAAUCAGGCCUGUUUCCUAUAAAGCUUAAUUCAACUUGUUUUGGUGAGAUCCAAGAGUUUGCACAGGAAUACGUCAAGAUGGCGUCGUUGAUGAUAUUAGCGGUUGAAGGAAAAAUUACCAAGCUGGAAAUGUUUCAGGAAAUGAAAGAGAGCCCCAUCUGUCCGUUGACCGACGAAAAAGUGCAAGAAAUAUUUCCAGCGAAAGAUAGAUGGGGCUUGGGUCUGUGUCUUCUAUUAGGUGGUCGACCGACUGUCAAUCUUUGUUCUGAACCCGGUCAAGGUGGGCCAAAUCAGGAACUGGCGUUGUACUUUUCGUUGUAUUGGUACUUACGUACCCAGCAGUAUCCAAUAUUGAGAGAGUACACUGUCUGGUUCUUGGGCGGCAGCUCUUAUGGUAAAGACGGUAAUACCGACGCUGUUGGUGCAUUCGGCUACAAGAGCUUGGGUACAGAUAUUUACCCGGAAUACGAUAAAGCACAGAGCGUGUUCCAUAACGCUUAUACCAAAUGGUGGACACUUAAUAAGACGAGAGUACACGAAUCUCAACUUGCGAGUGCACGAAAGGAAAUGCAAGAACUUCUGGUUGAAAGAAACAAAUAUGCCAAAAUACUACCUGGUCGUGUCUUAAAGCAAAACGAUACGAAUUCGUUAUUUUUGAGUAUCAACGACGAAGACGAAUUAUUGCAGUUAAAAACCGGAAAUUAUUAUACAUUUACGAACGUUGGUGAUCUCCAUAUCAUACGAAUUGUACGUUUCCAAUGUAACUGCGACAGUGUUUGCCAUGGUCAUGAAGACAAAAUGUGUACAGACAUCGAGUGCCCGGUUUAUCAAUCACUAUCAGCAGAGGCGCUUUCAAAAUUCCAAUACUGUUGUCGUUUUGGUUCACGGAAAGAAAUAUGA